UUAGAGUACUUAUCCCUUACACAAAACAGGCUUGUUGGAAAGCUGCCCUCCAAUAUAGGUCUUACCCUUCCCAACAUAAGGGAACUCUACUUGGGGCGCAAUGGUCUGGAAGGACCAAUACCAACUUCUUUAUCCAAUGCUUCACAUAUUGAAUUCCUUGAUCUCUCUUCAAAUAAUUUCACAGGGCCUAUUCCUUUACUUGGUAACUUGAAAAAUCUUGUAAAAUUAUUCCUUGGCUCAAACAAAUUAUCUUCUACAACAGAGCUGAAUUUUCAAGUAUUUGAUUCCCUCACUAACUGUACUCAGUUAGAAGAUAUCUUUCUCAAUUCCAACCAAUUAUCUGGUGAACUUCCCAGUUCUGCUGCAAAUCUCUCAGUCAAACUCCAAGAAUUUUGUAUUGAUGAUAAUUUGUUGACCGGUAGCUUGCCUCAAGGAUUUGAGAGGUACCAAAACCUUGUAGCCUUAUCAAUUCAACAAAACUCAUUCAAGGGCCAAAUACCAAAGUCCAUUGGAAAGCUUCAGAAACUACAAAGACUUAUGGUACAUGAAAAUCUCUUCUCUGGAGAAAUUCCAGAUAUCUUUAGCAAUCUUACACAACUAUUCUGCUCAAUAUGGGAAACAACCAGUUAUCAGGUAGAAUUCCUAUGAGUUUAGCAACUUGCCAGCAAUUAAAGAUACUUUAUCUAGCACAGACUGGGCUCAAUGGGAGCAUUCCAAACCAAAUUUUUGAGCUUCCUGACUUGAAAUUUUUGCAAUUGGCAAAUAACUCUUUGAUCAGUUCUCUACCUGACAAAUUUGGCAAUUUGAGACAGCUUGAAUUCAUGGAUGUUUCUGGAAACCAGUUGUCUGGAAAUAUUCCACCAAUGACCCAGAGAUACCCAAGUUUACGCAGUCUCAACAUUGCUAGAAACAAGAUAACUGGCUCAAUACCGAAGUCACUGGAAAAUCUAGCAGCACUGGAGAGCUUGGAUCUUUCUUCCAACAAUCUUUCAGGCCAAAUCCCCAAAGAGUUGCAGAACCUUCAAGUUUUGCAGAUGUUAAAUUUGUCUUUCAACAGAUUCGAAGGAGAAGUACCAACAAAUGGUGUCUUUGCAAACGUCAGCUGGGAUUCUCUCCAGGGAAACUCCAGGCUCUGUGCUUUUGACCAUGAUGCUGCAGAAAAGCUAAGAGUCACUACUUGUGUCACAAAAAAGGUGUCAAAUUCUCAUUUAGUACUCAAAGUCACUAUUCCAAUUUCUGCUAUCAUUGUGCUUGUCUGUGCGUUGUGUUUAGUGUGGGCACUAGACACCAAAAAGAAGAGCAAGAUAAGAAACAAUGGAACUUCAUCCGUAGUCAAGGUUUUACCCCCAAGGCUAUCUUACUCAGAAAUCCAGCUUGGUACAAAUGGGUUUGCCACAGAAAAUUUGUUAGGGAAGGGAGCGUUUGGGUCUGUUUAUAGAGCUGUUUUAAGUACUGGUGAGAAUGGAACCCAGACCACAGUUGCAGCGAAGGUUCUAGACUUGACACAAAGUAAAGCUUCCAAGAGUUUUGAUGCAGAAUGUGAAGCUCUAAGAAACAUCCGGCAUCGGAACCUUGUUAAGGUGUUUCCUUCUUGCUCUAGCAUUGAUCAUACAGGAGCUGCAUUCAAGUGUUUGAUUAUGGAAUUCAUGUCUAAUGGUAACUUGGAUAAAUGGUUGCAUCCAGACGAUGUUGAGUGUGGCUCAACUCUGACUUUAACCCAGAGACUGAAUAUUGCCAUUGAUGUAGCUACUGCCUUAGAUUACCUACAUCAUGACCGUGAUCCACCAGUAGUACAUUGUGAUUUGAAACCCGGAAAUGUGCUUUUGGAUGAAGAUAUGACUGCUCAUGUUGGAGAUUUUGGGUUAGCAAGGUUUCUCCCUCAUGAUUCAUUGCGGAAUGAGAGUAGCACAAUUGGACCAAAAGGCUCAAUUGGUUACAUUGCUCCAGAGUAUGGCUUGGGUGGAAAGGCUUCAACUAGUGGGGAUGUUUAUAGUUUUGGAAUACUGCUGCUUGAGCUGAUCAUUGUAAAGAAGCCCACAGAUAGGAUGUUCCAGGAAGGUUUAAGCCUAAACAAGUUCGUAUCUGAAGUGCACGAGAGUAAGAUCUUGGAUAUUACCGAUCCAAGGCUUUUCAAGGAUAUUGAAUCUUUAACUCGAAGCAGCAGUGCUAGUUAUUCUAUUAGUGGAGAGGGCAGUAGCAGCAGCAGCAACAACAGUGCUUUCAGAGGUGAGGAGUGUGUGGCUGCAAUGGUGAGGGUUGGAUUGUCUUGUGCUGCUCAUUCAUCAAAAGAACGUUUUACCAUGAGAGAAUCCUUAUCCAAGUUGCUAGAGAUUAAAAGGAGUUUUAUUCGAUUUUGAACCAUUACCUUAACACUUUUGUACAGAGUUUAUGUUUAUUGCUCAAGCUAUUUAAGCUUAUAUAUUUUUUAUGACUAG